UCAAUUUUUUAUGCCUUGGCUCGAUAAUAAACAAAUCGAAAACGUAAUGCUCCUUUGAGACAUGCUCUGGUUCUAAGUGUACUUACAUGGGCAUAACGAUUCAGUUUAGUUGUUACAAAACAUUUGCGAUAUUCUUAAAAUAUUUUGAGUUUCACAUUCUCAACAAGUAUUGUGCAACUUCAAAGAAGCAAGAAGCCAAACCAACCAGCGUGUGCAUAGCUAAAACUGUUUGCACGGUCCAAUUCCCGAGGGUUGGCUUAACCAUGCGCAACAUGGAGCGACGAAAAUCGCGCUUGCUAAAUGUGAGUUGCUGCGCGUUAUCAAGUUCCGCUGAUUGCGUUGCCUUGCUCGUGAAGCUUCCAGUAUAUUCCGUUCAGCGGCUUCUGGCAGGAAGGUGCUCAGGAAACACUUUGUCAUUGGCUAAGCACAAGGAGUUUGCCUGCAACAGUAAGUUUGCAUUUGCAUUUGCUGCGCUGCUGUGCGAUACCGAAAAUGGUUGACACCGGAUUUGCAUACCAAAAAAGAAAUUGCGCUAUUGUCGUCCUCCAAGAAACAAGGUCUGUCCCUCAACAACCUGUUAGAUUCAGUCUACAGUGGUUCGCUUGGUUCUUUUUCGUUCGCGAUAAGCAGCAAACACUCACCAUUAAUACGCCAGAACGGGAUCUGAAGGCUAGUGCGUCAGCAGUUGCGGUGGAUUCUAUGCGAUCACAGUGAGAACAGUGUUGGUGGGUUGGCAGUGUUUUAGCUAACAAAACAGAUCGACACUUUAGUAAACGAUGUACCAUGAUGACGGCGUGUGUUAGACGAUCCCUCUGUUGGCCUUCUACUAGGCGAUGGUAAUGCGUGCGUGUUGACUAACUAUGUGGGUUACCGCUAGUCUGGCCCGACACGAUCGAUGUUUAUGGUGGUGCAUUUGUAUCUGAUCGCGUUUUGCUACCUCAAAUGGCAACUAUCGAUGAAGCUGGUCAGCGUGAUUACGGAGCGUGUUAGGAGGAUGCGCAAGUUGACCAUCCUGGUGACGUUCUGUUGGGUCGCCCUCGUCUCGCAGAUCGUAGCCAUCUCCAACCUGUACCACGAGGGGUUACAAGACAUUCCAGGACCAACGUCUGUGAUAACGCUGGUGGAUCAUCAGCAUCGUGAGCUGAAGAGUAUAGAGAGCAAGUUGGAGGAGAACUUGGAGGCGACACUGAAAAACUUGUCCCACAAUAUCCACACCGUGUCGCCACCAUCGGUUCCACUACAAUCGGAGAAACAGGUGCAAGCUGAUGGCGAGCAGCAUCAAUCAAAAGAGCUUGAUCAUGACACCUCCUCCAACUAUACGCUCGAAGCGAAUGGUACCGAACUGUCCGGGGGGGAACCAGAGCAACCCGAGUUGAUAGUGAUUCCCGUGGACGAUGGUGGUCAUGCGGUAGCUUCCGCCAGCGUAAGUCAAGAUGAUACGCCACCCAAUCCGACCGCUAAGACGGAAGAUGGUGGCCCCGAUGAAGACACUGAUCUCGAUGAUGAAGAAGUGAUUGUGGAUGCUGCCGGCGGUAGCGAUGAUAGGCUGAAGGCACACGAAGUGAACCUCACCGAGGAGAACCCGAUGCCGGUGUUUAGCGAGUGGGCCGAGAAGCAGAUGGCGGAGGCUGAGAAGAAGAAACAAGGUGAGGUGGUGAAUGCUUCGGUGAUGCGCAAGGGAACAAAACCUGCGGGCAGUAAAACUGGUGGACCGCUGAAGCUACGGGCUAAAAACUAUGCCGCACCUGAAUGUGGCGCCAAAAUCAUUGCCUCGAAUCCGGAAGCCCAGAGUACGGGAUCGGUAUUGACGGCACCAAAGGACGAGUAUCUGCUGAAUCCUUGCACCAGUAAGAUCUGGUUCGUGGUGGAACUGUGCGAACCGGUGCAGGCGGAGCGCAUUGAAUUGGCCAACUUCGAACUGUUCUCCUCGUCGCCGAAGGAUUUUACCGUUUCGGUGAGCAAUCGGUUUCCGACGCGCGACUGGGCGAACGUAGGUCGGUUUACGGCGAAAGAUGAGCGCGAUGUGCAGAGCUUCCCGCUGCAUCCGCACCUGUUUGGAAAGUUCGUGCGUGUCGAGAUAUUGUCGCACUACAACCAGGAGCACUUCUGUCCCGUUUCGCUGUUCCGCGUGUACGGUACGUCGGAGUUUGAGGCAUUCGAGACGGAUAACACGCCAUCUCUGCCAGAGGAGGAUGAUGAUGAGGAUGACGAGGAACUACUCGGUAAAGACAAAUCAGUCGAAUUGCGGCCUUCGAUUCCAGGUGAUGAACGGGAUCAUUCGAUCACGGGUGCCACUGACCAGGAGCGAGGAUCAUCGAUAUCGCCGGAGAGCAAAAAGGAUGCCGAUCGAAAGGGCAAGAAUCCCAACAAUAUUCUAAAAUCAGCCGGUGAAGUCGUGCUGAGUAUGGUGAAGAAAGCGGCCGAGGCACUCGGCAAAACGGGCCCGGAUACAAACGAUUCGUUUUACGGUGGUCCCGACUCGUUUGGGCGAACUGUGGACGAUCAGCAUCAGCAUUCCGCCAUCUCUUCAUCUUGCGUUACCCUAGCGUAUACUGUACGAUGUGUUAACUGUAGCGAUACGUUUCGGGCUCGGCUUGAAACGACGAUGAAUUGCAAACACAAUCUUCUCACUAGUCUGCUGGAAGUGGCGCAAAUCGGACGCUCGUUCGUUCGGGCCCAGCACUUUCUCUGUGCCAACGUGUUAGGGUUUAACUUACCGCCUAUUAGUGCUACUGAUGAGCAGAUCUGCUUAAAUAUGCGUUACAGCGUGCUAAACCUGUUACCAGAUGAGCUGGUGGCUGGCCUUUGCAACGUUGUAGCCGCGGAUCUAAAACUUUUACCUACGUAUGAACCGGCGCCAGUUGUGGUGCCAGCGGAGAGAAAAGAAUCUGAAGUAGAUUCCUCGCAGCAGCGAUCGGUCGAUGUUGAGACAAGCCUACAAGGAGGCGACCACGGUACUGCACUAUCGGAGACAAACAUUCCAGCGCAACAACCAUCCGAUCAGUCGAGCAGCGAUGAACAGCCGGUGGAUGCAAAACCUGAGCCAUCAAUAGCGCAUGAUCCGGCAGCUUCGCUUCAACCGGACUCGAAACAAGACUCAAAUAUCGUCGAAAUGCCGGACAAGGAAGAUGUUAAUAUGUUUAAUUUAGCGACAGAAACAGAAACGCAGUCGUCGACGGGAGCAGAAGGAGAGGAAGGCUCACAAUUGAGCAUGCCACGGCAGCAACAGCAGCAACCACAGGAACAACAAGACAAAGACGAUCCCACAAGUUCUCAGUGGGAUUCCGCGAUCGAUGAUAGUGGAUCGAUGCUUAUCACUGGUGCUGGAACUGGUCCAUCCGAAGGUGGAAUCCGAGCAGCAGAUGGAUCGUACACUAUAACUACUUCUUUUGUCACGCCACCACCAACGGGACCAUCGAAGGGGCAACCGGAAAGUGUUUUCCUGCGGCUUUCAAAUCGUAUAAAGGCCCUUGAGCGAAACAUGAGCCUGUCGGGCCAAUACCUGGAGGAACUUAGUCGACGCUACCGGAAGCAGGUAGAGGAGUUACAGCACUCGUACGCGAAAACAUUGCACGAGAUCGAGGAACAGAAUCGACGGAUGCGCGACAGUGAAGCCGCACUACGUGAUGUGAACGAACGGUUACGGGUCGAUUUGGAUAGUUUCCAGGCGUUGGUUAUCGACUGGCGCAAUGUAGCGAUCGCGGUCGUUACUGCCAUACUACUAAUGCUCGUGACACUGAUCGUGUUGGUUCACUCGUUGAUCGUCAGUAACCGUACCAAUGCUCGCAACGGUACAACAAACGGCGUUUCGCAACCAGCACCAAUUCCACAAAGUAUUCUCGAUCGUGAGCUGGCCCAGGUUGGAUCGGACGCGAAACCGAUCCGCGGCAGGAUGCUACGCAGGAAGUCGAUCGAUGGUGGAACGCCGUUAGUCUCGGGAGCUGGAUCGGGAAGUGCGGCACAAAUGAACGAUGAAGCCUCCUCGUUGGUAACGACAGUUGGUGGUGCUGUAUCAACAAUGUCACCGUCUCGUCUGCGUAAAAAGCGUCCCAGCGAAGAAGCUCUCAAUGUGAGUGGUACAUCGUACGUUAGUCUGUUGAUCAAUGAUCCUGAGGAGAGGCACGUACCGAUUGGACAUAACCAUAACCGUAGCAGCGUUGCGAAUGGACCGACCGUGAUCGAACGAAAACGGGGAAAACAAAAGCAUCGCAAAGUUUCCGCACCGUCAAUGUUUGGAACGUCGACACCGACAAGUGCGGUUGUUGUUGAGCACGGCGGUUCCCGCAGUCGAGAACCUCCGAAGCGUUCCACAUCGAUGUUUGAACCACAAGAGCGUAGUCUAGUGCAAAAUGGUACUGGGAGUAAAGCGGUAGAUGAUGGGAACCGCAUCGAAGAGUUACCAUUCCUCGAGGAUAACGAUGAGUUCAUCAUUCCAACGGCAAGUGACCUGUCCUACGAUGAGUUUGUGCCCCAAGUUCGCAGUGGUGAGAUAAAGCGAGUGCCAAAUGGAGGUGCCAUAAAUGGCACCACAAGAGAAGAGAACGAAGAAGAUGAAGCAGAUGUGGUGUUACUGGAACUUGAACCGAGCGGUAAUCGCAGCGAACCGAACGAUCUAGACACGAAAAAGACAUCCAAAUCGCGUCGCUUAUCGUCACCGGCUUUCUUCAAGACUUCACUGCUCCGAUCGAGCAUUGGUAAAAAACGUUCGUCGAAGCUGGACCCCAACAGCUCCGCAUCUUCUACUGAGAAUGGACGACGAUCGUCCAAAAAGUCAACCAAUAGCACGCACAGUGCAAGCAGCAGUAGCGGCCACAGUAGUGGUGGCAACACUAGCAGCAAUAGCAGUAAUAUUAGCAGUAAUAACGUAACUGUAGACACCGGCAGUGAUGUGUCGGCAUCUGGGGACAGGCAACUGACGGUGGAUGUGUUGGCAGGAGGCGAUGGAGCUAAAUCGAAUCGUAACGGUAGCAAUGGCGGCGGUUGGGAUUGGUAUCGGCUAAAGCAGAAAAAAGGAAGCAGCAAAUCGCCACCGGCACCAUCUAGUCAGGAAGUGAUGGUCACUAGCAGUAGAAGCGUUAACGACGAUACAUUACUUUCCGGACGGCGGUCAAAGGAAGGAUCGGAAAGUUUCGAAGAGAGCAUGAGUGCGGGUGGUGCGGAAAGCAGGUUGUCCCCAACAGAGGAACCUAGAAAACUUUCCGUUUCGUUCAAUGGAGGCGAGCUAGCGAGGCGAAGUAGUGGCGAUGGGUUGGAAAGGAAAGCGAGCGGUGGAAGGGGUAGUAUAAGGAGGCUCUUCCGGAAGGUUUUUUAGUUUAGCGAAGGUUUAGCGAAUGAACGGGAACGAUAUUAAACCUUACAAUAGACUGACCGUUGAACAGAAAAAUGAACUUCAUAAUGCAUCGUAAUAGGCCAACGAUCACCGGAGCAAGCAAGCAAGUGUGCUCGUUGAUAUUGUAGAAUUUCAUAUUUCCGAAAAGAAAUGCUUACGGUUGGCGCACGCGAUUGUACGCUUUUGUUUUUGCUGUUGCUGCAAAUAUGUUCCUUUUAUCUGCAUUCGGUAGUGCAUGUUUCGCUCUGUGUUAUUUAUGCUUCUCUGUGCGUCCCUGUAGUGAUUGAACAUGUUGCUGUUCGUAACUAAAAUAUCUUAAAUGAAAUAGCAGCGUACGAAUAUCAAAGUAGUCUAUCAAAUCUAUGGAACGGUAGCUUGAUGGUGGUUUUAACGUGUCAGCAUUACGUACUUUGUUUGGUUUCUUGCUUCGGCGAUUCUAGCAUCAACGUGAUUCCUAUUUUAUCACAUUCAGGAAUCCAAAAAAGCUGUUGUUUGUGUUGGUUUGAAAACAAAAACCUUAAACUAUUCUGGCCUUUCUAGACAAAAAUGAAGCAUAAAAUUAGGUAAAACAUUAGAUAUUGAGAAGUUGUGAAGGAAUAAGUGGUAUGAACUGGUAUGUUGAAUGUAGGAGGGUAAAACUCGAGCGAAAUUGUUAAGAACAUAAGAUCCGUAAUUGUUGCCCGAUAUUGCUUUGUCGUUUUUGUUUCGGAAAACCAAAAAUUAGUAGUAGAUAUUCAGUAACCCUACAUCUGUGGUGGAUAAAUGUGCUGUUAUUUGCAUUUGGAAACGAAAUUCAAAUCAAAACAAGAUAGCUAAAUCGCACUACAUUAACCUUUAGAAGCACUACGAAUGAAUGCCAGUAAAAUAACCUAAUAUGAGCUAGGGAUGUAAAUCCACAAAGAACUGAAAUACCGAAUGUGCAGAUAGGAAGGAGAGGGUAAGGGAUCUAAACGAAGGCCAACCGGAAGGAUUCUGUAGUGUUGCGUACAAGAACACUAGAUAAGUUAACGAUGUAGGAGCAAUAAAUUAUUCUGUUUAUCAAUAGCAA